AUGCUGGCAGCUGCCUUUGCAGACUCCAACUCCAGCGCCAUGAACGUGUCUCUCGCUCACCUCCACUUUGCGGGAGGGUACCUGCCUUUGGACUCCAAGGACUGGAGGACCAUCAUCCCUGCUCUCUUGGUGGCUGUCUGCCUGGUGGGCUUCGUGGGGAACCUCUGUGUAAUAGGCAUGCUGCUUCACAGUGCUUGGAGAGGCAAGCCGUCCAUGAUCCACUCCCUGAUUCUGAAUCUCAGCCUGGCUGAUCUCUCCCUCCUGCUGUUCUCUGCACCUGUUCGGGCUACAGCAUACUCCAAAGGUGUAUGGGACCUAGGCUGGUUUGUCUGCAAGUCCUCUGACUGGUUUAUCCACACGUGCAUGGCAGCCAAGAGCCUGACGAUCGUUGCUGUGGCCAAGGUGUGCUUCAUGUAUGCAAGUGACCCAGCCAAGCAAGCAGGGGACCACAAACGCCGGGUCUGGUUGGUGCUGGUGCCCAUCUGGGCCUUGGCAGGGCUGCUGCCCCUGCCAGAAUGGUUCUUCAGCACCACCAAGCGUCAUGCAGGUGUGGAAAUGUGUCUCCUGGAAGUCCCAGCUGUAGCUGAAGAGUUCAUGUCCAUGUUUGGUAAGCUCUACCCUCUCCUGGUAUUUUUUGUGCCAUUACUCUUUGCCAGCUUUUAUUUCUGGAGAGCUUAUGGUCAAUGUAAAAAAAGAGGGAUUAAGACUCAGCAGCUUAGAAACCAGAUGCGCUCGAGGCAACUCACGGUGAUGCUGCUGAGCACCGCUCUCACCUCCGCGCUCCUGGGGCUGCCUGAACUGAUAGCGUGGCUGUGGGUCUGGCAUCUGAAGACUGGUGGCCCGAGCCCACCGCAAGGCUUCAUAGCCCUGUCUCAAGUCCUCAUGUUCUCCAUCUCUUCGGCAAACCCACUCAUUUUUCUAGUGAUGUCAGAGGAGUUCAAGGAAGGCUUAAAGGGCUUAUGGAAAUGGACGGUAACCCGAAAACCUCCAGCAAUCUCGGAGUCUCGGGAAAGUGGAGCUGGGGACUCGGAGGUCCUCCCUGACAAGGCUCCAACAUCCACACCAGGGGAAGAGAAACCUGGCUCUCCCUCCCUCGGCAAAGAGCAAACAGAGAAGGCAGAGGCAGCCAUCCUCCCCGACGUGGAGCAGUUCUGGCACGAGAGGGACACUGUCCCUUCUGCACAGGACAAUGACCCUGUCCCCUGGGAACACGAAGAUCAAGAGACAGGGGACCGUGGGAAGUAG